AUGGAUGCCUUACAGCUGGUUUUUGGCAUCAUUGUUGUGGUGCUCAUGCUUGGCCUUGGGGCGGCCAUGUCUCCCAAGGAUUUCAAAGCUGCCCUGCGUAUGUGGAAAGCCCCGCUGGUUGCUGUGCUGUGUCAGUUCAUUUUGAUGCCGCUGAUCUCCUUUGGCUUAGCAUUGGGCCUGGGCGUGACCAAGGAACAGGGCCUUUCCAUGCUGGUGGUGGGCUGCUCCCCAGGUGGAUCAACCAGCAACCUCUUCGCAUAUUAUUCCAGGGCUGAUCUGCCACUGUCAAUUCUGGCCACCAGUUUGUCGACUUUGCUGUCUGUGGCCUUCAUGCCGCUCUGCAUGUUCAUCUACAGCGGGCCCUUCACGGAUGAAACCGUGGAGAUUCCCUUGACCAGCUUGGUAAUGCCUCUCUCCUUAGUCAUCCUGCCUGUAAUGAUGGGGAUGGGAAUUCGACACUUCUCGCAGAAAGUGGCACUUUGGAUGGAAAAGGCAGCCUCCAUCCUGGGCACCAUCUUCCUGUUGGCUGCUUUGGUCAUGGGGGUCGUGUCCAACUCGCAUCUCUUUACGGAUCAUUGGAAGCUUUGGCUUGCCAGUGCUUUGCUGAUGCCCCUGGGGAGCACGCUUGGGUACGUAAAUGCUCGAGUUGCCCAGUUGCCACCCAAAGCUUGCCGGACAAUUUGCCUGGAGACUGGCUUGCAGAACAGCACGCUGGCACUGACAAUUUUGGCUUUCUCGUUUGGCGACACCGAGAGUUUCGGAGCGGUAUCUGUGUUCCCGUUAUUGUACAGUCUGUUCUUGUUGAUCGAUGGUGUGCUCAUAACCAUUCUCUUUCGAUUCCUUUCGCGCAACGAGGGGAUAGAGGACGCUGGUAACAACGCUGAGGGGAAAGAGAAGGCUGAGGAGCCUUCGGAACAGAAACCCCAGUCUCGCAUGUCGAGCGAAGCAAAAGCAGAGUCAGUAGUUUCAGAGAAAGAUGGCUCUCCAGACAGAAACACGUCGGUAGCAGAGCACAAACCUGGACACUUUGCGUCGGUCGUUUGA